CAGGUGAAGAAGUGGGAAGUAUCUCACUGAAAUACUGAAAAAACCCUGUCUCACUGAAUUUGCUCUUUUGGGACUUCAGGAUGGAAGCCUUGUGCUUAAGAGUUUCCUUGCUGCUGCUGGUUCCAGGAUUUGUCCUCAGUGACAGCUCUGACAGAUAUGCUGCCAAUCAGACUGACUUGGGAAACUACCUUUCCACUUUCUCAGGGAUCGAAUCCAGCAUACUCCUCACCACCAGGCAGCCCCUGGUGUCCAACCAAACCGUCAAAUGCUCCCAACAGACUAAGAUUGCUGAAACUUUUAAAUACAUUAACACAGUGGUAUCUUGUGCUAUUUUCAUCGUUGGAAUGGUUGGGAAUGCAACUCUGCUGAGGAUCAUUUACCAGAACAAGUGUAUGAGGAAUGGCCCGAAUGCACUGAUAGCCAGUCUGGCACUAGGAGACCUCAUCUAUAUUGUCAUUGAUAUUCCUAUCAUGGUGUACAAGCUCCUUGCUCAGAAGUGGCCUUUUGGAGAUUCUGAAUUUGGACAGUUUCUCUGCAAAUUCCUUCCCUUUAUACAGAAGGCAUCGGUGGGAAUCACAGUCCUUAAUCUCUGUGCCCUCAGUGUGGACAGGUAUAGAGCAGUUGCCUCCUGGAGCCGUGUUCAGGGAAUUGGAAUCCCUAUGAUCACUGCUAUUGAAAUUUUCUCCAUUUGGCUUCUGUCCUUCAUACUGGCUAUUCCAGAAGCAAUUGGUUUUGCUGUGGUACCUUUCAAAUACAAGGAUGAAGGUUAUGUUACCUGCAUGCUCAAUCCUACAAAUAGUUUUAUGUUGUUUUACAAAGAUGCAAAGGAUUGGUGGCUGUUUGGUUUCUAUUUCUGCAUGCCACUGGCGUGUACUGCCAUCUUUUAUACGUUAAUGACUUGUGAAAUGUUAAACAGAAGAAACAGCAACUUGAGAAUCGCUCUCAGUGAACACCUUAAGCAGCGCCGAGAAGUUGCAAAGACAGUUUUCUGUUUAGUAGUGAUUUUUGCUCUUUGCUGGUUCCCUCUCCAUUUGAGCCGAAUUUUGAAGAAAAUGGUAUACAAUGAAAGAGACCCCGGCAGAUGUGAACUGCUCAGUUUCUUGCUGCCACUGGAUUAUAUCAGCAUCAACCUGGCAACCAUGAACUCUUGUAUAAACCCAAUAGCUCUGUAUUUUGUGAGCAAGAAGUUUAAAAACUGUUUCCAGUCAUGUCUUUGCUGUUGCUGCUCCCAAUCGAAGAGUCUAGUGACUUCAGUGCCCAUGAAUGGAACAAGCAUUCAGUGGAAAAAUCAAGAACUAAACAAUCACAAUACAGAUCGAAGCAGCCAUAAAGACAGCAUAAACUGAAAAUUAAGGACUCUGAUACCACUUCAGAAUCAAACAGGAAAAAAAAGAGUCACAACAAAGCUAUUUCGACAGGAAGCCCAGUGACUGUUCCAUUAUCAAUUCAGACACGUGCACCCUUGUACCUAAUUCUAGAGGUAACUGAGUAGAUUGACUGACUAUAACUGUGAUGUUCCGUGAACUGAGAUCCACUGGAUGGUAAUUCUGUCUCUGAAAAUGAUAUUGAUGUAAUUAUGACACCAAAAAACUGACUUGAGCUACACAGGUGGUUUGUUCUUCUGAACCAAGCAGGAACUGUCCAGUGACUGGUACAAUACAAUCUUUUUACCUGAGAGUCACUAGAAUUAAUCACUCUGGAAUUUUUCAGAAGAUAUCAAAAUGGAAUCUGUCUGUGACUAUAUUUUCUCUCUGCCCAUUUGUCUUUUAACUUUUAUUUGUGUGGUGGACAUAUUCUGUGCACCAGUAUGUUUUGCAUAUUGUUGUUGUCGUUGUUGUUUUUCAGGUUUAAGUGGGAAAAUAUUUUGGUCCACACCAGUAUUUUAUUUACUUAUGUUAC